GGUGGAAAGCGCAUAAAAGCUGCAAGCGACUCACAGCAGUAGCCUGCGCACCUGCGAAGCAGCCGAAAGCGAUUGCGUAGACCGGAACGUGGCCGCGCAUCAGUGAGGACCGAGAUCCCGCCUUGUCUACAACUCUGCACUAGCUAUCUCAGCGAGGAACUUCGCGAAGAAAAAGGCUUCGAUGUAUCGAAAUGACAGGCAAUUCUCGAUUCAUCGAGUCGAAAUGGUAGCAGAAUUGGCAGCGAAUUCAUUUCCGUUAAUUACUGUAUAACUUUCUGUACGUGAUGAGGAUUAAGAUUAUUGACAAAAUAUAUAUCAUCUGCAAAGAUUACAUGCCGUAAUGCACUUCUGGAAUAUAAUGCAAUAUCGACGUAACUAAACCAGAGGUUCGCUAUAUCUCUCAAAUAUCAAAAAGAGUAUGAUGCUUCGGCAUGGCAAUAAAAUGCAUGGAAGGGCCUUUUGUGUUCAGACUAAAUGACAAUGGUACCGGACCGCAUCUGCUUGUACAGGUUUGCACGGAACGGGGAUGGCGGGAGUACGCCGGCGAAAAUAAUGUAUUCAAAGAUCGAUGGAAUUUAUGGUGGCGGUUCGGCGGUUUCCCCAUGUCGCAUUACAGGCCGUUAUUUCCCUGGCAGUUUGUCAAUCGGAUACCAAAGGGAAAUUCCAUCUGCCGAAAGGAUAAGCUUAUCCGUCACUUGAAGCGCAUGAAAAAAGUCCACGGUUCGAUAUAUGACUUCAGUCCCGUAGGAUACAACUUGCCUUCCGAGUAUACAAAAUUGGCCGAAGAGUGUAGCCGUUGCGAGAAGGAUGACAAAGUUUGGAUUUGCAAGCCGGUCGGCCAAAGUCAAGGGAGAGGAAUCUUUCUAUUUCGCAAAUUAAGCGAUCUAUCGUACGAUAAUGCCGCGGUUGUGCAAAGAUAUAUCGAGAACCCUUUACUGAUCGGCGGAUACAAAUUCGAUCUUCGCCUGUACGUGUGCGUGCCGUCGUAUCGCCCGUUAACGAUUUACAUGUACAAGGAAGGUCUAGCUCGUUUCGCCACCGAAAAAUUUUCCUUGGAGCGAUUGGAUGAUCCCUUUCGACAUCUCACAAAUUUUUCUCUGAACAAAUUAGGACCAGGCUACUCGGAAAAGAAAGAACGCAUCGGUGCCGGAUGCAAAUGGACAUUUAGACAAUUGCGAAGAUUUUUCGAACAGUCAGGAUACUUCGAUUGGAUUCUUUGGCAGAGAAUCUCGUGUCUAGUCACUUUAACGAUUUUAAGUCAAGCAGCGGGCAUUCCUAGAUCCUCGAACUGUUUCGAAUUUUUCGGCUUUGACGUGCUAAUUGACGAGAAUUUAAAGCCGUGGCUCUUAGAGGUGAAUUUAAGUCCGGCUUUGAGUAACGACUGCGAAGUCGAUUCAGAAGUGAAAAAGCCCCUGUUGCAUGAUCUGUUUGAUUUAUUGGGUCUUCCAGUGUGUAACACCGGGCUUUCUCUAUUCACAAUCUGGUCCUCUCUCGAUCGCAUCGAGGAGGACGGCGAAGUGUCUUCCAAGUUCGACCGCUCCGUGAAAAAGAGAUCGAAACUCGGGCGAGAAGCCGAAACUUUUCUAAAUCUUUCCUCGGAGACUCGAGCUACGCUGCGACAAUCAACACCGGAAGUUUGCCCGACUACGUGGCCCCGUUAUAACCCGCUGUUAAUGGACAAAUACAUACGUCGAUAUAAGGGAAAUACGAUCGAGAAUCAUGCCUCGCCACCGAUUUGGGACAACGGCAGAGACUGGAGGGCUUCCUGCAUAAGGGAAGGCGGAUGGAUUCGUAUUUGUCCGUUCGUUCGGACGAAACACGUCGAGAAUACGGAAUACACGGGACCGUCGCCCAGAACUGUUGAGAACGAAAUCAAGAACAUGGUCCUUUCUAUACAAAAGUACUUGAAAGCUGCAAAGGAAGUGCAGCAGAGAAACGAAAAGCUCACGGACGAGCAGUGCAAUGCUCUUUUACAGAAUGCGCUUGAAUUAAAUACAGAAAUUUGGCUGCCAGAAAAGUAAAAACUUAGAAGUCUGGAUUUUUCUUCAAACUUGUUUGCUCUUUACGCUUGUUCGUAGUGUUACUUUAAGAAAUAUUUCGUACGAUAUUCGAUGCACAUUAUACUAAACGGGCGUCUUUUCAUUCCAACGAUUUUCGAUUGUAAAUUAUAUUCAGUAUAUUAAAGAGAUAAUCUUUAAAUUGCGAGAUUUUAGCAAUUAGAUUCGCAUUGAUAAUUGCAUUUAGCAUUAAAUGUAGCCAUCUCAUGCUCAACUCGCAAAUA